AUGAAGACACACUGCUCACCGUCGCUGGCGACACUUUUUAUGCUGCUCGCAGCAUCAGUGCCUCGCGCCGCACAUGCCAUUCAGACUAUUUCGGCCGUGGGCUCGAAAUUCUUCUAUGAGGACGGCAGGCAAUACUAUAUAAAAGGAAUCGCCUAUCAGCUCGUUCCCGACGAUCCCUUGAUUGACACCGCUCAAUGCACGCGAGAUGCGGCCCGCAUGGCUGAGUUGGGCACCAACGCAAUCCGCGUCUAUCAUGUGGACCCUGAAGCCGACCACGAUGGCUGCAUGAAGGCCUUCGAAGAUGCAGGCAUCUAUCUCUUUGUGGAUCUGGACACGUUCGAUACAGCGAUCUCCCAAGUCGAGCCUCAUUGGGACCAGACCCAACACGACCGGUUCGCAGCUGUUCUGGAUGAAUUUCAGCAGUACAACAACACGGCCGGAUUUUUCGUCGGCAAUGAAGUCCUCACCACCAAGGAUGGCUCUGCCGCCGCGCCAUACGUGCUAGCCGCCGUUCGCGACAUGAAAUCCCACCGCGACGAGAAGGGAUAUCGCCCGAUUCCAGUGGGCUACUCUGCAGCCGAUAUCGCAGAGCUGCGGCCCAUGCUGCAGAACUACCUGGCCUGUCGGUCGGACCCCGCAGAGCGCCUGGACUUCUUCGCCCUGAACGCCUACGAAUGGUGUGGGGAGUCGACCUUCACCCAAUCCGGGUACGAGUCCCUCCAGAAGCAAGCCGAGGGCUACCCCGCCCCAAUCUUCUUCUCAGAGACCGGUUGCAAUGUUGCACGCCCCCGGACCUUCGGCGACCAGGCCGCCAUCUUCGGUCCCGAAAUGGCGGACACUUGGUCAGGCUCAAUGAUCUACGAGUGGAUCGAGGAGACCAACGACUACGGGCUAGUGAACUACGGCCCUCCUCCACCGCCUCCGGCCGCGGACGCUCCCGCCGCAGCCACCGCCAACGGGCCCCUCGUGCAGGAUGGCUUCGUCCGCCAGGGCGAACCCACUCCCGUCGCACCGGACUUCGACAACCUCAAAGCGCAAUGGGCCACCCUCAACCCCACUGGCGUCGCUCUAUCCGACUACGCCGCCUCCACCUCCACCAUCACCCCGCCAGCGUGUCCCGCCUCCACCGCCGGCGGAUGGGCCGUCGACCCCAGCGCGCCGCUGCCGACCCUGGGCCAA